AUGAGGUACUUCUUCACCUUUUAUUCUUCUGUAGUACAACAUGAUGGAUUCCAAAAUGAUACUGUUCUCAAUGAUAACAUAAAUAUGAUGCCUCCUGGUCACAUUGAGCUUGGGACAAUUAUGGGACUCAGAACUUUCAAAUUAAUGCUGCUGGUUUUCUUUUCAAGAUGGUUGACAGUUGAGUCGUGGAUUAGAUAUGCUGCUGAACUUGGAGGCUCUGUUUGUUUUUAUGUUCGUAGAGUGACUGAUUUUUCAGAUUAUGCUGUGUACUCUGGUUUAUUUUCUUCUAUAUGGACAAGAGCUUUGUGGCUUUUAUUUCUUCUAUUCUCUAGCUGGCUGGCAUUUGUUAUCUUUGAAGACACCGAACAGGGGAAGACUUUAUUUACUUCAUAUGGCACAACUCUAUACCAGCUGUUUGUUCUAUUUACCACUUCCAACAAUCCAGAUGUCUGGAUUCCCGCAUACAAGUCCUCGCGUUGGUAUUGCCUAUUUUUCGUUCUCUACAUCCUGUUGGGUGUUUACUUUGUCACCAAUUUGAUCCUUGCUGUUGUAUAUGAUAGCUUUAAAAGUGAGCUUGUUAAACAAGUGGCUAAGAAGGAUCGCAUGAGAAUGAGGAUACUGACGAAAGCAUUUAAUUUGAUUGAUAACAAUGAUCUCGGUUACCUAAACAAAGAUCAAUGCAUUCGUCUUUUUGAAGAACUGAACAAAUAUAGGACAUUGCCAAAAAUAUCCAGGGAAGAUUUUGAACCCAUAUUUGACGAGUUGGAUGACAGUCAUGACUUCAAGAUUAAUUUGGAUGAAUUUGCUGAUCUGGUCAAUGCCAUUGCACUAAGAUUUCAAAAGGAGUCAUUACCUAUUUUUGAAAGCUGUCCAACUUUCUACCACUCGCCUGCCUCUGAGAAGCUGAAAGACUUUGUUCGAAGCCCCAUAUUUGGUUACAUAGUAGUGUUCAUCCUCAUCUUGAAUUUUGUGGCUGUUGUUACUGAGACAACGCUUGAUAUUGAGAAUAAUUCUGCACAAGAGGCUUGGCAAAAGGUGGAGUUUGUAUUUGGGUGGCUGUAUGUCCUGGAGAUGGCACUGAAGGUCUAUGCAUAUGGGUUUGAGAACUAUUGGAGGGAUGGUCAAAAUCGUUUUGAUUUUAUAGUCACCUGGGUAAUAGUUAUUGGAGAAACAACAACGUUUGUGUCCCCACAUGGGCUGACUUUCCUUUCCAACGGGGAAUGGAUUCGAUAUCUUCUUAUAGCAAGAAUGUUAAGAUUGAUUAGACUCUUAAUGCGUGUUGAACGUUAUCGGGCUUUUGUUGCAACAUUUUUGACCCUAAUACCAAGUCUAAUGCCAUAUCUGGGGAUCAUAUUCUGUGUCUUGUGCGUUUAUUGCUCUCUUGGUGUACAGAUCUUUGGUGGAAUUGUCAAUGCUGGGAAUCCGAAUCUUAAAGGAACUGAUCUUUCUGAUGAUGACUACUUACUUUUCAACUUCAAUGACUACCCAAAUGGGAUGGUGACACUUUUCAAUUUACUAGUGAUGGGAAACUGGCAAGCCUGGAUGCAGAGCUACAAGGAUUUAACUGGAACAGCUUGGACUUAUGCCUACUUUGUCAGCUUCUAUCUUAUUUCAGUCUUGCUGCUUUUGAAUUUGGUGGUGGCAUUUGUCUUGGAGGCUUUCUUUGCGGAAAUGGAGCUUGAAACGUCUGAGAAAUCGGAAGAUGGGGAAGGCAAGGAAGAAAGAGGAGAGGAUCGAAGACGUAAUGUUGGCACUAAAUCAAGAAGUCAGAGGGUUGAUAUCCUUCUCCACCAUAUGUUGAGUGCGGAGCUGGAAAAAACAGAGUCCUCCAUAGAGUCCACUGCAUAAACUGGUUCAUUCCAAGUCUUUUACGUUAUCACCUUGAGCCUCUCCAUUUAUGCAUAUCUCCAAAUAUUUAGUGAGAACUUCCUAUGAAAUAUGUUGAUAGUCUUCAAAGAAUUCUCAUUUGUUCCCGAGUACUAUUCAUCAUCACUUUUCUUUUAUGGAUAGCUGUUUCUUGUAGUAUUUGAGUCUGUACUAGCAUUUCGUUAUGAUGGAAGUGCACUUUUCCAAAAGGAAUCUCGUCUUAUCUUGGAGCA